CUAUCGUCAUAACGAAGCAAGACUCCGCGGUGAGCGGACCAGUCAGUGUCUCGUGGGUUGCCAUCGCGUGGACAUUGUGGUGCCUCGCUGUGCUCUCGAACUUUACGACUCGCGCCGAGUACUGCUGCCAACUGUGAUAGGCAGUACCAGACAUCUCGAUUUAUUUGGUCAACGACUUCGAGUGUGUAUUAAGUCUUACCAAUAAUAAAUGGUUAUAAUUACCUCGCUGUAUUAAACGACUUCGAGUGAUAUUUAUUCCCAUCAACCUAAUUCACCGCGACGGGUAAUAGACUUUUUAUCUACGAACGAUCGAACUAACGACUCUUAUAACGAUUAUUUAUGAAGUGAUUAUGAGUGCAGAGAAAAGACAGUGGAUUAGAUAAUAUUUUAUUUAGAAAAUACCGGUGUUUGGUACGUCGCAGUUGUGAUUCUGGUGAUAAGACAGCACCGUCAACCAUUAUAUAAACUUUUUUACAUUCCAAUUCACGUGUUCCAGUUUUAGUUUAUUUUCUAUUUCUCUUCAAGUGGCGUAGAAAACAGUACCAAAAAUGCCGAAAAUUUAUGCAUUGAAGAAGCACUUGCUUCUUCAACACAAAGAAGAUGAGGCGAAAAUCAGCAAAAAUUUCGAGUUGUCGAGUCACCAAAACUCGAGCAGACAAGUCGACAGGCCCUCGGAUUUCUACCACUUGCACUCCUACUCGAGUUCGAGUGAGAGGAAUGGUUUGGGCUCGAACCCUGCCAACUACCGUCCUGAGAUCAUGACUUUGAAUAUCUCGAGAAACAGCAGCAGCAGCAGUGACAGCACUGGAUAUAUUUCCAGCAAUCCUGGUAGUCCUGACAGACCAUCCUGUGACUACGGAAUAAGGUCUGCACAUCUGGAUCUCAGCAGACCCAGACCCCGGAGCAGCCCUGAAGCAGACAUGGAUUGUCAGGACAGCGAUUACGACCAGCCGCUCGCACUGACCGUCCGCACCAAACAUGUGCAACGAGAACGAUUCUGCCUCUCUCCGAUCGCUUCCUUCCUGCCAAAGAGUAAACCUACACCACCUUUGGUUAUUCCUCCGUUUGCCGGAGCGUUCUUGCCUAUACAAGAUCAACCUUUGGACUAUCGGAGUGACUCUCGCAAAACACCGAAGAAAUCUCGAGAAUCUUCUCCAACAGCUGCAAAAACCUUCAGAACUUCAUCACCUGACUUGACAAAGAAACCAUCCACUGUCGGCCAGGAAGGACUAUCGUCGAUUAUGAACACAGAAUUUGAGUACCAGAACAAUAUCCCGUUUGACCUGAGCGUUCGAAGGUCGCGCUCCAGCAGCACUUCACCCAACAGCCUCCAGCCAAAACUGGCAAACAUGUCCCUGCACGGGAGAACCCGCAACGAUGGAGGUCAGGGACACUCCAACGGUUCGUCCAACAAUCAGCAUAACCUGGAUGGAAGUUCGUCCUACUCACACUCUAUGAGUGGAAGAGGAUUUGCUGGAGGAAACCCGGGUAACGGAACCGGCGGCAGUGGAGGCGAUGACUUGAAUGGUAGUGGAGGAUCUGAUGGUAAUGGAGGAGGAUCCUAUGCUCUGUCCCCUGUCAGUUUAGACGAAGAACCUAUUCUCCCUCUAGUUCAACCAUCCGUGCUACCGACACCCGAGAACUGCCGCUUUCUACCACCCAAAGUUCUGGACAAAUCAUUUGAGUUUCCCGCUCCAGAAUUCCCACCGCCGACUUCUCUAUCCAAUGGCAACACAGACAUUCUAAUGACAUCGAACAACUCCUACUAUCAACAUCUUCAACAUCAGAGCACCCAACUUCAACACCAACCAAGUCCUCCCCAAACUCAGCUGAUGUUGCAGCAGAAUCAAGGAUACUCCACGAACACCCCAAGUCCUCCUCUCGUUAUGUCUCCUCCUGACCUCCUCAACCUCAUGAGGUCUCCCCCCGACAGUCACUCCUUCGAGUCACUCAGCAUGACCCAGGUGCCGCUGGUGUCGUCAACGGACGUCCACGGUGGCAACUGGGACAGAAUGUCAGCCGUGUCACCAUCAUACUCGUAUGGCAACAGCGCCAGCCCGGCACCGUCCCUGGAUGCGUCACCUCCCAUGAAUAUUGCAGAAAUGCAGCAACGCCUAGGUCUCCCUGAGAACGUGCAGCUUGAGUUCGUUAACGGCGGUCACGGCAUCAAGAACCCACUCGCGGCCAACCUCGACUUGCCUGCCAACGACGCCAAGCUAUCGGCUGCGGACGAAGAGAGUGGGAAAUUGAUCUGCCGAAUUUGUUCAAAAGUGUUCACCCUGCAACGACUGCUGAACCGACACAUGAAAUGCCACUCGGACCUCAAGAGAUAUUUGUGCUGCUUCUGUGGCAAGGGUUUCAACGACACAUUUGACCUCAAACGCCACACACGCACGCAUACAGGCGUGCGUCCUUACAAGUGCAACCUGUGCGAGAAGUCGUUCACGCAGCGAUGUUCUCUGGAGAGCCACUGCCUCAAAGUUCACGGGGUGCAACACAACUAUGCAUACAAAGAACGUAGGUCUAAAAUGUACGUAUGCGAGGAAUGCGGACACACUACCGGCGAGCCUGAGAGCCAUUAUGUCCACCUCAAGGAACUACAUCCUUACAGCCCGUGUCUGCUCAAGUUCUACGACAAACGUCACUUCAAGUUCCAAAAUCAGAACUUCACAAACAUGCUUCUCAUGAGUCAAAACUAAUUUAUUGUUUCCAGGAUAUGUGCAUAUUUAAAGCUCUUGUUAUCGAGUAAUUUGUUAUUAUAAUAUUGUUGUUAUUAUUCGACGGUAAGCAUUUUUUUCGACUGUGGAGUUAGACUCGGUGACGAAACAUGAUUAAUGAUGGUAAUGAAGGUUAGUAGUAGUGAGGGUAAUGAGCAAGAUGGCUCAGGAGACCUAUGAGGAAGGUGGUGCUUAAAAGCGAUGGGUUGCAUGUAGUGUCAGAGACCGGAUUAUUGAUCCCUUUCUACCUGAUGAUUUCUGGAAAUUAAGCGAAUGAUGUUGUACAUAACGACGGAUGAUACGGAAGCAUCGAGUACAAAAGCCACCCACAACGAUGCCUUGUUUGCGACAAGCACUGGACGGCAGCUUAUGUAUUGGUCAGGGUCUGUCGUCAGUCAAUGAUCGUGAUGAACAACUGAUUUUUUUUAAAUAACCUCUGAUGAUUAUAAACAACAGCGAACGUACAAGUUUGAACGUGCGUUUGCAACGUACAAGUUUACAUCUUAUUAAGCAACGAAUAUGAGAAGUGCAAAUAUACUAUCGAUACUCCUUUCUGGGAAUUAUAAUAUGUUGACGUUCUCCCACAAGAAAAAUUGUCUAAGUAAUAUCUAUUCUUUAUCAUUGCAUGCUGAACAGUCAUCUUCGAAAUCUAUCAUUACUUUCAAAACAUAAUUAGCACAUAGAAUGUCUAACCCUUUGUCAUGUUUAAGGGAAUAAUUUCUAUUUAGUUCGGCUCGAAUGAAUUGCUGAUUUUCAGUUUACUCUGUUCUCGGCCCUGUUUGUUUGACGUGCAUUCAACUUCAUUGACGAUGACUGCUUCAAUCACAAGUGUAUUUUAGAUUAUUUAUAACAUGGCCCCGGUUUUAAUGUGUAGUUAUUUUUGCAGCUUUUUAUUCAGGAUCAUAUGCAUAAUUGUACGGUUUUAAAUUAUGGUGUAAGCAAUUUCUUCAAGUGUUUACGUUUAAAUUUGAUAACGAAAAGUGUCUAAAGAAGCGAGCUUCAGUUCGACACAGUGAUUGUAGAGAUAAAUGACAAAGUGUUUAGUUAUUUAAGUCGCACCUGAAAGAAUACGGAUCUCUCAGAUAUUUCUUGGGCAUUAUUAUUAUGAUUAAGGAUUCAUUAAAUCUACAACGGUGCUGAAAUGGAUAAUGGUAAACUAAAUAGGUGUUGAAAGGGGAGAUUUUCGCCCUCCACCAGUUCAAAACUUCAAACUUAUAUGUCCAUAUCUAUCCCACUUACCUACUUCGCUAUGCUCUCCUUGAAACUACUUGAAUCCCAUCACACAAAAUAACUACGUCUUUUAGAGUAUUUGAGUCUGAAUCACUCGUCUUUUAGGGCACAGAAUUUUUAGAUAUUUUUUUUAUGUUCCGCAUGUCAUUCAUCAAUAUAUGAAGUUUAUCUGCACAAAUACUGACCUCAAGUAUGCUCCAUUUCCAGCAAGAUAUAUGAUAUGUAUAUAAUGCUUUGUAUCUCGAUUCUGGCAGGAUACCAGUGAAUUAAUAAGUAUGAUAUUUAUCAUUGAUAUUUCUCUGCAUUCUCGAUUGUUCAUGCGAUAGACGAAACGUCAAAUAAUAGCUGUACAAUUCACACACUAAAUGUCCUGGAAUUUAUGGUCUUUUUAAAAAAUACACUUUCUUUAACUCGUUGGUCGUCAUUGGGACGGAUAAAGCUCCCUGGACCAGUCUGAAGAUCGCGUUUAAUUAAGUUAAAUCUCGUUGUUACAAUUAUUUGCUGCGCAUCGUGAAGAUGCCUCAUUGUUCCAUAGGAUACAAACGUACAUCUUCUGAGCAUAGCACAGGGACUUGUGGUUAUAGCAUCGCCCCCCUUCUAUGGUAUCUCUGUGGUGCGGCUCGCACCCGUAUCUUUGCUGUCCGUUCCUGCGAGGUUGUCAGUUUUGUGGUACGGCUCGUACCCGUAUCCUUGCUGGAGAGCGUCAAAACUAAAAGAUUUGUCGAUUAGAAAGUUACAUAACCUUACCUUUUAUUAUCAUAGGGGCUAUAAUGUCACCAGCAAAGAGUUUAUAUUGUUUGUCCGACUUAUUUACUCACUUUGCUAUUGCCUACCUAAAAGAACUGCGAAGAACUGGUUAAGCAAAAUGCAAAACGGAAGUUUGAGCAGCAAGGUAAAUUUAAUUUAAAUAUUUCAUAGUAUUAGUUCAAUACUGAACAAAAUUUGAUAUUAAUCGAGGUGAUUUUUAUAUUAAUUAAUGUUGCGACGUAGGAUUGUGGAGGCGUGCGCAAAUAUUGAUGAACUGAUGAACGAGUAACGCUUGACCAAAUUAUCCUUUGAUGAUUUGCGUAACAUUUUUUUGCAUUCCAUACGUUACCUUUUCAAAGUAUUCCAUAGUUUAAAGUCAGCUUUCGGCAUUAUUCUACAUCGUUUCAAAACCUAAAAACUUCCGCGGAAAGAAAUCCUCUCAUAAAUUAGCCCAGAAUAAUAGCAACAAUUGCGGCAAAAUAAAAUAUUAUACCGCGUCCCUUACAAAAAUUAUAGUAUGCACCUUCUAACGCAUGUUUUUUUUCAACUUAAUUUCAUUUAGAAUAAAAUUCGAAAUUCCUGAAAGAUUUAUGAAAAUUUGGUCUAGAAACCUAAUGACAUCGAUUCAUAUGUCCUAUUUUUCUUUAUAAAACGGAAUAGGAAAUAAAGUAAAGAAAAAUAUACCUCAUUUUAAACGAUGAGGAACAUAAAAUGCUCGAUCCGAACUUGUGAACAUUGAAACAUGGAAAUAAAUCUUGUAUCCGACGUGUCUAUCAGUGUCCUCAACCAGCCAUUGUAAUAUGAAAAUGUUAAUGUAAUGAACCAAUUAAUAUAGGUUUUGCAGGAUAUGCCACUCUGAUAAUCCCACGCAAUAAGAUCGCGCUAGGAAAGUUUGUAAAAACAAAAGUGCUUUCAAAAAUUCAAGAAUGUCCGCCCCCUUCUCCACUAUGUCAUUUUGUAAAUAUUUUCAAUAAAAUAUAAGUGUUGUUAAUAAA